UAUAUUUGUCUUUCAGCUGCUCUCCCUCUCUGGGGCUAUGGAGAGCAGCAUUGUGGAUGGUAAGAAAGUAAAACCUCAUUCCAGACCCUACAUGGCAUCAGUGCAGGUCGAUGGAAGUCAUGAAUGUGGCGGGAUGCUUAUUCGGGAGGACUUUGUCCUAACUGCAGCACACUGCAAAAUGGGUGUCAGACCUCAGCAAAUCACAGUGGUACUUGGAGCACAUGACAUAACCAAGAAAGAGAAAAGUCAGCAAAGGAUUAAAGUGAAAUACCGUCCACAUCCGAAAUUCAUCGGAGGAUUUGAUUAUGACAUCAUGCUACUUGAGUUAAAAAAGAAUGCCACACUUAAUAAGUAUGUAAAGACCAUUGGACUACCUACGAAAGACAAGAAAAUUCCUGACAACACCAAGUGUGAUGUUGCUGGCUGGGGCCGAGAAGGAAAUAAGAAACUUCCGUCACACAUACUGAGGGAGGCCACGGAGAAGACACAAUCCAGUGUUGUGUGCACAAACCAAUAUAAAACAAAAAUCAUUGCUGAUCACAUGAUAUGCACCGCAAUUACCAAAAAGAAGGGAGGGGUUUGUAAGGGUGAUUCAGGUGGACCACUUAUCUGCAACACCAAGCUUCAGGGGAUAAUAGCUUUCACUACCAAUGAUUGUAAUGAUCACAAGUAUCCCCAUUUCUUCACUAAAGUCCACACUUUUCUACCGUGGAUAAAGAAAGUGAUGCAGGGAUCGGGGGAUGCAGCAUGAUCCAGAAUUGCUAUUCAGAGGCCAAGAAUACUGCCUUUUCUAUUCUUUAUUAUUACACAAACAUUUAGAACAUCAAUUAGUUAAAAGAAAUAUACAUAAAAAGUUUAUAUAUGUGGGUGCGCAGGUGGUCGAGUGGUUAGAGUGCAUGCCAUAUACGCAGUGGACCCCGGUUCGAAUCCCGAUCAGAGGUCCUUUGCUGCAUGUCACACCCCCCUCUCUCUACCAUGUUUCCUGUCAGUCUACUGCUAAAUAAAGGCCUCUAUGCCAACAAAAUCUUUAAAAAAAA